UACGGCCUCAGGGCAAGUUCGUUUGGAUUCCUAGAACAUAGCUCCGGUGCUAUGUUAUGUCCUAAUAGGGAAGCUUCGUAAUUGUCCACGUCGCCUAACCUUGGCCGCGUUUCUCUCCGCUGCCGUGGAGCUCCCGCUCUCUUGCAGACCGGCUCCAGCGAUGCAAAGAUGUCGCCUUCCGAUGCUCCAAUUCGAUGCGGUUGGUCUCUACUCCCCAAUUACCCGAUGCUUGUUCCGCUUUUCCUCGCCGGCUUCUCGCAGAACGCCCAGUUCCCUGCGGCAGCCCCUUUCUUCUCGGAUUAGCUCCGCCAAAGAUCUCACUGGUAGAACUGGAAGCCAACCUGUCACAUGGUCUUUAUUCAGUAAAAAAAAUCAAUCUUUUAUGACUUCAGCAUUUGCUACACAAGGAGAACAAGUUGAAGUACUACAUGCUACCAAUGAUGAUCAUGGAGGUGUUGUUGUUGAGGUGAAAGAUCAAAUGGACUCGAGAACUUACGUAUCUUCGCUAAGAGCAUCCUUGGAAAUUUGGAGGCAACAGGAAAAGAGAGGUGUGUGGAUCAAAUUGCCAAUUGAACUUGCAAGUCUCGUUCAACCUACUGUUGAGGAGGGAUUUCGAUAUCACCAUGCUGAGCCAAAUUAUUUAAUGCUUGUAUAUUGGAUACCUGCAACUCAAAAUACAUUACCAGUGAAUGCUACACAUCGUGUGGGUGUUGGUGCUUUUGUCAUGAAUGACAAAAGAGAAGUUCUUGCAGUCCAGGAAAAGAGUGGCAAGUUCCGUGGAUCAGGUGUAUGGAAGUUUCCUACAGGAGUAGUAGAUCCAGGUGAAGAUAUAUUUGCUGGGGCAGUAAGGGAAGUCAAAGAAGAGACAGGAAUUGACACUGAGUUCAUUGAAGUACUUGCAUUCAGGCAAUGCCACAAAUCUUUCUUUGACAAGUCGGAUUUAUUCUUCAUCUGCAUGUUACGCCCCAUUUCAUCAGAUAUCAAGAAGCAAGAUUCAGAGGUUGAGGCUGCUGAGUGGAUACCAAUUGAACAGUUUGCGGCACAACCUUUCGUGGAGAAGCACGAGCUUUUAAGACAUAUUAUUGAUCUGGGCUUGGCCAAGUUUCAAAAAGGUUACGCUGGUUUUUCACCCAUUUGUAUAAAGUCAGCAUUCACCAGCAGGCAGAGCUCCCUCUAUUUAAAUAAGAGGGACCUGAACCAACCAUGAUGACCUGGUAGCAACUCUGAGACUCUCUAUCCUGUUUAUGAUGAUUAAAUUGGAAAAUAAUUAGUUGCAAUUGUUCCAGUUUAUCGAUUCCAUCUAUGAAUAGUACAUUUUUUAUGCCAUUAAAUACCGCUUGUGGUAAAUAGGUUGUGAAAAAACAAUAUUUUCUUGAACUCGCAAAAUCUCCAUCAACUGGUUUGGUGCUGCAAAGUAGUAGGAAAAAUAUAGACUUAUAUUAAUUUUUGAUAGAA